AAAAUAAACCGAGUGGCCUUCCUUUCUUCAUUUCACAUCACUGCAUUCCAAUUGAUUCUGAGGAAGGAAGUAGCGAAUCACCUUACCAAACUGUAACGACUGAUAAAUACUUGCUGAAGAAUAUGUUUGUCCUGUUUGCUGCACUGGGAAAAUGGAGAUGGUUGUAAACAUAAAUCAGCAUAUUAACAGUGACUUUCUUAUGCAGAUAAACUCACAUGUGACUGAAAGUGUAGAAGUUACUGUGUUGAAACAAACAAAUGAGGAAGAAAAUGUUCCAAGUCCGCUCAAUUUGCGUAACACUGUCAGCUGUAGAGAAAACAAAACACCUGAAGAAACACAAAAUGGAAUAGAUUUGUUGUACUGUGGGACACACAACAAUAAUUAUGCUUCAAAAAGAAGUGACAAUUACAGACUGUCACGUAAAUACCCAAAUGAUACAUUUAGUAAUGGUUGCACUAAUUUUGGCAGUUUCGUUCGGCCUACCAAACUACAAAAUAGAAGGAAGGUUUCACAACAUCUUACCUGUAAUAUCUGUGGAAAAUAUUUUGCUACCAGACCGGGAUUAUACUUACAUCGCCGAAAGCAUAAAGAAGGAUAUCAGUUUGAAUGUGAUACAUGUUCUAGAAAAUUUAUGGAUAAGCAAACAUUAAAAGAACAUCUCUUAACUCACAUGAUAGUUAAACCUUACCUCUGUCAAACUUGUGGCAAGCAUUUCAGUAGACAUUCUAGACUCAAAAAACAUUUAAUGAAACACAGUCUUGAAACGGUAAGACCUAAACAUUACUUUACAUGCAGUUUUUGUGAAGAAGUGUUUAUAAGUGAAGAAAUAGCAUUGAAACAUGCUAAAAUUGGACAUGGGAAUGUUACAGAAUUACAUUUCAGUCAUGGUUUGAUUGAUAGAGUUUUUCUUUGCGAGUACUGUGAACGUUGUUUUGUUAGUCAUCAAGCAUUAAACUGCCACCGAGAAAGUCAUGCACCACUGUAUGUGUUUUCCUGUAUAGUGUGCAGGUCAACAUUUCCAACAUUUUCAAGACUUCAGACUCACAAAAUAGCCCAUUCUUCAGAAAAUGCCACAGACGGCUUUGAGGUGCCUAGUUAUUACGCUUGUACUGCUUGUGAUAAGUCAUAUCUGCAUUGGACAAACCUGACAGUGCACUGGAAACUACAGCAUGAUAAAAUAAAAUAUAUGUAUCAUUGUAAGCAACACAUUACCACUAGCAACCAUAGUGUCAUAAUCUUUGAUACACAAAUAGUAACUGAAAACAGUGGAGGCAAUCACGAACUGGAAGGCUGGGAUUUGAAGAGAGCAAACUGGAUUGCACUUACUGCUGAAAUAGCUUGUUUCAACUUGGACCAUUCAUCCAAAGACAUAGACCCAUGGGUGCAUGCACUUACUCAGCUCCUUCAGCAUGUGCAGGCAAAUCAUAUCUUGAAGAGGAGAUUUAGAUCUGUCCCUGAGUCACGUCUAUCCUUGACCACCUUUGAACUGAGAACUACAGAGAUAGCACAGGACCACCCUAAAACGUAUGAGCUUAUGGGUUCUCAUAAGGAUAAUGGAAUCAUACAGUACUACAAUGGCAGAUAA